AUGAAAGGCGGUCGAUGCCUGGCGAAGGGGUGUUCAGUGAAAGAAAGGGGAAGGCGCCCAAGGAGUAUUUGGAGGCCAUCGCUGGUAGGUUGGAGGCCAUCGCUAGUAGCUUGGAGGCCAUCGCUAGUAGGUUCGGGGGCCAUUGCUAGUAGGCUGGAGGCCAUGGCUACUAAGUUGGAGGCCAUCACUAGUCGGUUGGUGUGGCUCCCUAUGCCGCAACACAGCGGAGGGCAACCUGUCACUGGCUCGGCCGGGUCGAUUGACACGUGCCGAACAGGUGGCAUUGGAGGCUGCAAAUCGCAAGGCUGCUCUGUGGCGUACAAGUCGGUCCUGAGGAACUGGCUUCAUGCGCAGCGCAACAUCUACUGGGUGAUGAGUGUGGGUGAUCAGCUGACUGACAGCGCCGGGUCUCAGUCUGGAGUUCGAGUGAAGGUGCCCAACUUCUGGUUUGACUCCAGCGUGGUCCCAAAUCCUCAGGCCAACGGUGGGAAGAUCCACCUGCAGGCCGAUCGGAGCUUCAGUGCGAACGCAGAGAAGGAGUGCAGGCUGAAGUGUGUCAUCGGCCCUGACAAUGAAUGCAUCAAUGCUGGCAUGGACGAUGACGCCAUCAACAAGUACAGUGAGCUUGAGUACUGCUUGGCGCAGGACGCCCAAAAGGCACCAGACCAAGUGCGAGGCUGCACGAUCAAUCUUCUGACCCUGGAGAACACGAACAUCCUCUUCGCCAAAGUGCGGAUGCUUCACGCCGGCGACUGGGAACGUGCCAGAUGGGAGGCGCUGAUGCGCAAGUCCCGAAGCCUCGAUGCCUGGCGUGGCUUGGUGCGAUGUAACUUGGAGCGUGCGCUGCCGCGUCGCGGUCGCGCGCCCCGGCACGCGGCACAGGACCUGGUGCUCCGGAAACUCACUCCCGUGGUGCUUUGCCCCGCGCAGUUCGGGACGCGGGAGGACUACGAAGAGCUGAAGGUGAACUUGGAGGAGCGAGGCUUCGCACUCUAUGCAGCGCCCUUGUCCAGGUUGGACUGGCUGCGAAUUGUUCCGAGCACCUUCACGAAGGAGUUCUUCACAGCAGAGCUGCGGCCCAGGAAGACCUUAGGCUUCUUUUAUGAAGCCCUAGACCAGGCCAUGCGAGAGGUGGAGCAAGACUACGGCCCAGAGGAGCCCGUGGCCUUUUUGGGACAUUCCAUUGGAGGUUGGGUGGCAAGGUCCUACAUCGGUGAGGUCUUAGGGGACCAAGCGAUGCGGCGGGUGCGGUCGCUGGUGACGUUGGGCACGCCCCAUCAGCCGCCGCCCGCUGAGUCGGUGGUGGCCGCCUUGGACCAGACCCGUGGUCUGCUCACCUACAUCAACGAGAAAUUUCCUUCAGGUUCUCCGCUGAACACCUCGCUGGUGACGUGCGUGGCGGGUUCUGGGACCAAGACCCCUGCCUCGAUGGAGGUGAUGAUGGAGGGCGUAGGUGAGAAGCUCUGGAACCAGACGCAAAACCGCAGCACCUUCUUGGAGGAGGUCGUGGCCUUGGCAUCUUACCUGCCGUUGUCGGGCAGCACCUUCGACGUCGAGGGCGACGGGCUGAUCCCGGUGGAGACCGCGCUCAUGGAAGGCCGUGGGAAGCGGUUGUCUUGGAUGAUUGCAACCAUGCCGACUUCGUGCCCAUGCCCGGGGAGAGCUUGCGGUUGCCCAAGACUAGGAGAGACAUAUGAUCUCAGUAGCGGUGCCUGA